AUGACCACCGCAGGUCACCUCGACACAGACGCCAUCGCCCGCUCUGGUCUCGCCGACCCAGAGACGCACGGCAUCCCCCAGAUCGCCGGCAAGGGCUCCAUCGACGUCACGCGCCAGCGCUCCGUCUCGGACUCGGACGAUGAGCUCCCCACGGAAGAGGAGCUGCAGACGCUGCGCCGCGUCUCGGGAAAGAUCAAGUGGGCCAUGUACACCAUUGCCUUCGUAGAGGCCUGCGAGCGCUUCUCGUACUACGGCUCUGCGGUCCUGUACACAAACUUUGUCGGGCAGCCGCUGCCUGAGGGCUCCAACACCGGUGCGCCCCUCGAUCCCGAUGGCCAGGCUGGUGCGCUUGGUAUGGGACCCAAGGCUGCGCAGGGUAUUUCUCUGUUCAACCAGUUCUUUGCCUAUCUCAUGCCUCUUGUUGGUGCCUGGAUUGCAGAUGCCAAGCUCGGUCGUUUCCUCACUCUUCACAUCGCCAUCGCCAUCUCUACAUGCGCUCACGUCAUCCUUGUCGCUGCUUCUUCCCCCACUGUCAUCGUCCGCAAGGAUCCCGCUUUCGGUGCUUUCAUCAUCGGUCUCCUUGUUCUCUGCGUCGGAACCGGUUUCUUCAAGGCCAACGUCUCUCCUCUCCUCGCUGAUCAGAAUGAGGACACAAAGAUGCGCGUCGAGGUUCGCAAUGGCGAGCGUGUCAUUGUCGACCCCGCCGUGACAAACACUCGCGUCUUCCUCUACUUCUACCUGGCCAUCAACAUCGGAUCCGUCUGCGGUCAGAUCGCCAUGGUCUACGUUGAGAAGUAUCAUUCGUUCUGGCUCGCCUUCUUCAUCCCCACCAUCUUCUUCCUCAUCGCUCCCAUCGUCCUCGCCCUCAACAAGAAGAAGUACAAGCUCAAGCCCGCUACUGGUUCCGUCCUCUCCAAGUUCUUGCGCAUGUUCUUCUACGUCCGCAAGCGCAGCUCUUUCUUCAGCUUCAACUGGGAGCACGCCAAGCCCUCUCAGAUUCCUGUUGACCAGCGCCCUGCUUGGAUGACUUACGAUGAUGCCUGGGUCGAUGAGGUCCGUCGUGGUUUGAUGGCCUGCAAGGUCUUCCUUUACCUGCCUGUCUUCCAUCUGGCUUACAACCAGAUGACUGGUAACCUCACCACUCAGGCCUCCACCCUGGUUCUCAACGGCGUUCCCAAUGAUGUCAUUCAGAACCUGAACCCUAUUUCCAUCGUCAUCAUGGUUCCCCUCAUUGAUCACCUCCUUUACCCCGGUCUCCGCAAGCUGGGUGUCUCAUUCACCCCCAUCAAGCGUAUGACUGUCGGUUUCAUCAUCUCUGCUCUCGCCAUGGUUGCGUCUGCUGUCAUGCAGCAUUACAUCUAUGAAAAGAGCCCCUGCGGCAAGUAUGCCAACGGUGAUGAUGCCAGCACUGGUAAGAAGUGUGCCCCCGCCGACAUCAACGUCUGGGCUCAGUGUCUGCCUUACAUCCUCAUCGGUCUCGGUGAGAUCUUCACCAACGUCACAUCUUACGAGUACGCCUACUCCAAGGCCCCCGACAACAUGAAGUCUCUUGUCAUGUCUGUCAACCUCUUCAUGUCCGCCUUCGCCUCCGCCAUCGGCCAGGCUUUCACCCCUCUCUCCGGCGACCCUCUCCUCGUCUGGAACUACGUCGUCGUCGCCGUCAUCGCUUUCGUUGGUGGUACUGCCUUCUGGUUCAACUUCAGACAUCUCGACGCUGAGGAGGACAAGUGGAACAUGCUCAAGGCGUCUGAGUUCAAGGGUACCUACCAGCCCAACGCCCUGGAGAACAAGAUUGCAGAGGAGCAUGAGGCGCCUGCUGCUCCUAGGGACAUUGAGAAGAUGUGA